CCGGGCGGCGGGGGAGCCGGGGCCGGCGGGGCGCGGCUGCGCGGGGCCCGGCUUCCUGAGCGUCUGGUGGCGGCGGCCAUUUUGUGGUGCUGGCUUCCCUCUCCCGUUCGCUCUGCGGCGUCGGGACCUGGCGAGGGGGCGAGACGGAGCGGGGGGAGCCGGGGCCCUCACCCUCACCUUCCCUUCGCCUCGCUGCGCGGCGGAGCCCCCCCCCCCCCGUCCGGCGCUGCCCCGGGGUGCGGCUGAGAGCGGCCCUCGCCCACCAUCAUGGAAGACGACGGGCAGCCCAGGACCCUCUAUGUAGGAAACCUCUCCAGAGAUGUGACUGAAGUUCUUAUACUUCAGUUAUUCAGCCAGAUUGGACCAUGCAAAAGCUGUAAAAUGAUAACAGAGCAUACAAGCAAUGACCCUUAUUGCUUUGUGGAAUUUUAUGAACACAGAGAUGCAGCUGCUGCAUUAGCUGCUAUGAAUGGGAGAAAAAUUUUGGGAAAGGAGGUCAAAGUAAACUGGGCAACAACACCAAGUAGCCAGAAAAAAGAUACAUCCAAUCACUUCCAUGUGUUCGUUGGGGAUUUAAGUCCAGAAAUAACAACAGAAGACAUCAAGUCAGCAUUUGCUCCUUUUGGUAAAAUAUCGGAUGCACGGGUAGUUAAAGAUAUGGCAACUGGAAAGUCAAAAGGCUAUGGUUUUGUAUCUUUUUAUAACAAACUGGAUGCAGAAAAUGCUAUUGUACACAUGGGAGGCCAGUGGUUGGGAGGCCGGCAGAUCAGAACUAACUGGGCAACGCGGAAACCACCAGCACCCAAAAGUACACAAGAAAAUAAUACAAAACAAUUGAGAUUUGAAGAUGUAGUAAAUCAGUCAAGUCCAAAAAAUUGUACUGUGUACUGUGGAGGAAUUGCCUCUGGGCUAACAGAUCAACUUAUGAGACAGACUUUUUCACCAUUUGGACAGAUUAUGGAAAUAAGGGUGUUUCCAGAAAAGGGUUAUUCAUUUGUCAGAUUUUCAACCCAUGAAAGUGCAGCACAUGCUAUUGUUUCAGUUAAUGGAACCACAAUUGAAGGACAUGUUGUUAAAUGUUAUUGGGGUAAAGAAUCCCCUGAUAUGACAAAAAACUUCCAACAGGUGGAUUACAGUCAGUGGGGGCAGUGGAGCCAAGUAUAUGGAAAUCCCCAACAAUAUGGGCAGUAUAUGGCUAAUGGGUGGCAAGUACCAUCAUAUGGAAUGUAUGGCCAAGCAUGGAAUCAACAGGGUUUUGGAGUAGACCAAUCUCCAUCUGCUGCCUGGAUGGGUGGAUUUGGUGCUCAGCCUGCCCAGGGACAAGGUGCUCCUGUAAUACCUAACCAAGCUGGAUAUGGUAUGGCAAGCUACCAAACACAGUGAGCUGGGACUCUGUUUAAAAGUGUGUAUUUCAUGAUAGGCUGCAGUUUCCAGUGACAUUCUGAAGACUGGAAUGUAGACAAUGAAAAAAGAAAAUAUUUAUUUUAAAAAUGGAAAUGUUUGGAACCUUUAGCACAGCUUUGCUUUGGUGAAGGACACAAAUGUCUUCUAGUUCUGCCUUUUUAAGUUUUUGUUCAUGAUGGAUAUGAACAUGUUUUUCUUUGUGUACAAAAAUGAAAAAUAAAGUCAAUAAAGACAAUUCUGACUACAAAUUUUGAUAUAGUAGGAGAAAUGGCUGAUGAGUUUGAUCUUUAGGUUACCAUUCCAUUUUUUUGUUCUGUCUUCAGUGUUUUAUAUCACUGUGCUUUUUAAGAGAGAUGACGUUGAAGAACAAACAGCAAGUUGCUUUUAGUUGAACACACAUCCUGAAAUAAAGUGUGGACCAAUCACUACACCCUGUUAGACAGUAUUGACUUUUCAAGAAACCUGUGGGCGUAGCUCAAAAAGUGUAGGUAGGUCUUGGAGUAAUUUUUAAAAAUUAUUUAAUUUUUCUACAUGCUUAAAGAAAACAGUCUGAUACAAAGAAUAGUUCAGUCUAAAAUGAAAAACAGUACUGUCUGAGUCAUUUCACAUAACCUAGUGUCCACAUUCAGGCACACGUUAGAACUUUUUGGAGCUGGUUUGCUAAUUAAGACUGUAGCAAUUUGCGUUUUAAUUUUAAGAAGUAAAAACGUUUUUGCAGGUAUGUUGUUUGUAUUCAAAUCAGACAGUCAUACUUGUGCUUUUACAUAAAGUUUGAAGGCUACACAUUGUAAAUAUUUCAUAAUUACAGUGUUUCAAAAGCAUGCUCAAACAUAGAAGUAGCAAUGUAAUUAUUCAGAGUAAUACUUAAUAUACUCUACUGCUUUAAAUGCAGUAGAUUGACAAGAAUGUGCAAGACUGACAUUUCCAAAGUUGGCUAUUAUGUAAAGUUACAUAAAGAACUAUAACAAAGAGCCUUAAUUUUAAUUUCAUAAAUCUUUAAUGCAUCACCUUUUUGUCAUUAGAAAUACAAAUUUUUUGCUUUACAUCGUUUGGUAUGUAAAUACCUUGGUUAACAACCUUGUAAACCUCUUUCAAGGUUAUCAUAAGUUGUAUAGUAUCUUGAGUGUUUUGAAAAAUCUCGAUGUUUUUUAAGUCUAGAAAUAUUUUGCCCAAGAAUUUUUUAACAAGAUUGUUGAAAACAUCUUAUUUUAGAGAAUAUUCAAUGUGCCAUUUGGUAAAUGGAGAUGCAGUUGAAACAGUACACUGAGUUGUGACUUAUUUUUAAUUAAAGUUUUUGUCUUUCUGAAUGGUUUGCAUGUGAUGAACCUGUACAGAGGCUGGGUUGUUUGUGUACUGAGUGUGUAAAUGGAUAAAUCAUGAAGAUGUUUAAAUGGUAUACUUGGGUUAUUUCUGAAUUAUUUUAUGGAUACAUUGAUAUAAACUGCCUCAAUAAAUUUGAAGUUGAAAAUGAA